UCACUGGAAAAAUGGCGUUUUACGUCGAUGAAGAAGAGGUCUGGAAAUGUUCAAAGCAUCCUUCCAAACGACGCCGUAGUGGAGUCUGUCCGGUUUGCCUCCGAGACAAACUAGCUUCUCUUUGCCCCAACUGUGCCCACGCGCGUCCUUGCGCGUGUAGCGCUACCUCAUCUUCCUCCUCAUUCUCCUUCUCUAGCUUCUCAAAUGCGGUUGCUGGGGAUAUCUCAGGUGUCGGCGCUGUCGGUCGAGUUUCCAAUCUCAUCGAAAGCGAGCCGGCCUUCCGACGAUCCAGAUCCCUCGCGAUUCCUUUUCGCCAAUCGAAACCGGAGAGUUUAAGCGAAAGGAAUGGAUUUUUGGCGAGUAAUAAGAGCAAGACGCCGUCCUUUUGGUCGAUGUUUAGAGCUAGUAAUAGGAGUAAGGGAUACGAGAGUGAAGAUCAUCAAAGAGAAAUUGAGAAAGAGAGAAUAGCGGCGGAUGAUGAACGGAGGAUGAUGAUGAAGAAGUCAAUGUCUGUGGCAAUGACAUCACAUUCCAGCAACGGAGAUUUGAAAUCAUCCCCGUCUAGUAGAGGGAAGGGCUGGUAUUUCCCGAGUCCGAUGAAGGUUUUCAGGCCAACUAGGAUUUCCAAAUUGGCUUUCCAAGAAAACUCUCCUUUGUACAGAGGUUGAUAUCUUUUAACUCUAUUUUUUUUUUUGUUUUUUGUUUUUUUUCUGUCUUUAUCAUUUGUAUAGUAAAUAAGUAAAUGUCAAAAUUUAAC